CCAGCGAACAUGUCUUUCGUGGACACUCUGCGGCAGUGGGAUGAGGCUGUGACCUGUGCUGACAAGCAGGACUGGUCAGAGGCUCUCAGCAUCUUCCUGUCCAUUCAACAACCAAACUCCAAAAUUUGUUUUGACAUCGGCUGCCUCCAUCUUCUCAAUCAAGACCUGGAUGCUGCAGAAAAGGCGUUUGAUUGCAGCAUACGUAAGGAUGAGCAUUUGGCAGUUGCCUUUUUUCAAAGAGGAAUAACCUUCUUCAAAAAAAAGAGGUACGAGGAGAGCUCAGCUGAUUUUCAGAGAGCUUUCAAAGCACUCAGAAACAACCAGCUGAUAGAUUACAAGGCACUCGGGCUCAGAUACAUCCUAUAUGCAUGCGAGGUUCUCCACAACAUAGCUCUGGCUGAGGCUCAUUUGGGUAACUGGGAAGAAGCCCAAGAAAACCUGGCGAAGGCCCUGGACUACAAAACAGAGGCCAAGCUCAGUAUCAUCGACAAAGCUCUGCAGGCGACUCUGAAACAAAAGCUUUUCAAACUAGUCGAGUUCCCAUCAAAAAUACUGUUUAAACCAAACAAGCACUACGUAGCAGAGCUGGAGAAGAAGGACUACCUGGGAAAAGCAAAGGUUGUUGCUUCUGUUAUUCCACAAGACGAGUUUUCUGGGUUCGCUCCGUUGCAGCCGCAGGUUGAAGACGGUCCAGCUGCUCCUAGAGAACCAGAGACUCUGAGAGCUUUGGAAGGGGAGGCCCACACUGUGCUGUUUGAGUUUGUUCCUGAAACCAGCAAUGAGUUGGCUGUAGUGCCGGGCAACAUUGUGUUUGUGUUACAGAGGGGGGCCGACAACUGGGCAUAUGUGGUCUUCAAUGAAAGGAGGGGACUGGUUCCUUACAACUACCUGGAACGUUUGGACAUCUCCCUCGGUCCAAGAGAGAUCAGGGGUGUGUCUAGACUUCACAGCCGAGAUGCUCCAAGCAGACCAGAGACGAGUCAAGGUCCUGCUAUGGAAGACAGCAGCAGAGAGAAUACUCAGCAGCAGAUCAAGCAGCCAACAGAAACCUCUUAUUUCGUCAAAAUCUACUUCACCUUUAACUUCGCGGUCUCUGUUCCACACGGGUCUCCUUAUGAGGUUCUCGAAGAGAAAAUCAGUAAGAAGCUGAAUCUCCCCUCCGCAGCCAUCUCUUUGAGCUCAGAUGCUCAAGGAAAAAAGAUGAUUGAUAAAACAAAGAUGAAAGAAGUAUGGAGGCGUGCUCAGGAUGGACGCAUCUCACUGUGGUGCACGGCCAAAGAGCAAAUUGAUGGAAAGUCACAGAAAGAGAUUUACUUGGUGGCGCUUCAUACCUACGAGUCUUCUAACCCAGAGGACCUGAGCUUUCAGGAGGGAGAUAAAAUCAAACUGCUCUCCACAGUGAACCAGGACUGGUUGGAGGGGGAGUGUAAUGGGAACACUGGUAUAUUUCCUGCCUCAUUUGCAGAGGAAGUUCAAACAAACGAACAAUAGUGGUUUCAUGUUGUUAGUGUGUUGUUCUCUACACACAAGGCAGAAAAUAAUGUUAUAUUAAGUUAUUCAUUCCAGAAAUAAAAACUGAUGAUGGCAGAUGUGAUAAAAAAAACAAUCAUUUAUUAUAUGGAUAUAGUCCAUUUAUAAGCAAAUAAAUUAUCCUUAAGAUGCUGUGAUGACAUCAAUAAAUCAUGAUGUUCCUUCCUCUUCGUAUGCGAUAGCUAUGCCUCUCCUGCCCUCUACUGCCUUCACUACAGGAGUCUCUCCCAGCUUCUGCUCCAGGCCCUGCCAGCUUCGACCGGCCAGAAAAGACGCUACAAAACACAGAAAAAGAGA